CUAACAGCUCACUCUCAGCUUCCUAAACUAUCAACACUAGGACGUCAUCAUUACAGUAUGGCGUGUUUGUCAAGUAAUUCAGAGUUUGUCUCUCUUACAUGUGGUGUUAAAACAUAUCUCGUGCGGUUAAGUGAUAGUGAUUUGUUUAGCAUAAAUCAUUCAGACAUUCAAGGAAAGGAUACAUCUAAAGGCAAAGCUACUCAAAGCAAUUGUGACAAGAAGCAUGGCAUAUGUGGAGACAUUGACGAUAUAGGGUUAUGUUUAUUAUGUUCAGAUAUAUCUCCUUGUGGCAACUUUCUAGCAUUCUCUACCUAUGCAAAACAUCUUUGUGUUAUGAACAUUACAAAUUCAAAAUUUAUUGUUACUAAUGUAUACAAUCUUGCCAGAGGUGCAAGUAAAAUAAAAUUUACACCAACAAGCAAGAAGAUUGUGGUAGCAGAUAAGUCAGGUGAUGUAUAUUUGUUUGAUCCUAAUGAGGAAAAUAAUGAGGGUCAGCUUAUUUUAGGACAUCUUUCAUUGCUUCUGGAUGUCUUGGUCUCACCAAACGAACAACUUAUCAUAACUUGUGAUCGAGACGAGAAAAUAAGAGUGUCUAGUUUUCCGAAUGGAUAUAACAUAGUAGCAUACUGUUUGGGUCAUACAGAAUUCGUAAGUUCUGUUCUUUUUCUUCCACACAAUAUGAACUAUUUAGUUUCAACAUCUGGUGAUGGCACUGUGCGUUUUUGGGAUUAUAAGUGUGGCAAGGAAUUGAUGGUUUGUAAUACCUUUGUGGACAUACAAAGUUUGGAAAAAGCUGAUUCUGAUGAUCAGUUAGUUGAGGAUCUAUCUGUAAUAACUGAUGCAGCAGCAGUCUUUUUAGAUAGUACAACAUCUAUAGUAUGUGUAUGCCUUGAAAAUUUUAAAAUUUGUUUAGUUUUAAAGUGUACAAGUGAAAGUGAGAGUCUACACUACACCAUCAGUCAGAAAAUAUGUGUAGAAGAUAUUAAUCCUUGGAAGAUCACUAUAAAUUCAGAUAUAAUGUGGAUGGUUAACUGUAGUGACAUUGUAAAAGUGAAAGCUCUAACUUAUAAUCCAAAGUCUGGUUGUUUUGAGAAUACUGUGUUGGAGCACAUUAGCAAGACUGUAGAUCUACUAAACAGUAAAAAACUCAUAAUUGAUUCCAAGAGGAAUAUUGUGAAUCUUCUGUUUAAGAAAACGUUUGAAAAUGUCCAAGAAUACUUGAAAAGAAAAGAACUCAGAUCUGCACUACAUGAAUCCUCUAAUAAAAAAAUCAGGAAGUAAAA